AUGAAAACUCAACUGAAAAUUUUCUUAAUUCAUCGAAUAUUGGUAAUUGGAAAAUAAAGAAAUUUUAAUUGAGAACAGAGCAUAUUUUAUGAUACAAUAAAUAAUAAAUAGAUAGAGAAAAGGUUUAGCAAUCUGAACAUUAAGCUUUACUAUUAGAAGCAUAAAUAAAGAAAUAUAUCCUUCAAUUAAUUUAGAAGCAAAAGCCUUAGAAGAGGAAGCAUCCAAAGUUCAUAAAAAAAGACCAGCCGAAUCAUUGAUUGGAAACAAUCAAGCAGUUAGUGAUUUAGGAAAGAGGUCUUCUGAAUGUAGCCAGCAAUUGCAUACGUAUGAGUCUGAAGUAUUUAAUCUCGACACCAAAAUAAGCGAUCUUCAAGCUAAAAUAUUAUCACUUAAAUCCAAUAAAGAGAAUCAAGAUAAACUGUUAAAUAAAAGCAUCAAUGAAAUCACCGCAAAAGUUACAUUUUUAAAGAACAGCCACGAAAGCAAUAGCUAUAAUCAUAAGCAAACAAUUGCAAACUUUAAAGAGACACUUAAAUACAUUGACGAGUGUUUGAAUUAUAUAUCAAAUUCUUCUAUAAACAGCAGCGCAGAUAUAGAAAAUUUAGACAUACUAAUAGCAAAUUUAAAUUAUUUGAAAAUCAAUAUAGAAGAAAAUAUAACAAAAGAAUACAGUCAAAGUCAGGACGAUAGAGAGAAAAAAGAGAUCAUUGAAAAAUUGAAGGCAAGUCUUAAUUCUAUUUCUCAUCGAGAUGUAGAAAUUGAAGAAAGAAAGGCAACCAUGAAUCAAAAAUUUGAAGAAAGCUUGGAGGCUAUGAAAAAAUUGCAGGAUCAAAGCCAAAGUUUAAGAGAAACACUUUUAAGCGAAAAAGAGAUUUGCAAUAAGCUUAAAGAUCAGCAGCUUAGCAAAAUUGACGAGAAAGAUAUUACGAUAAACAUUUACUAUGCUUAUCCAAGUGUUUUUGAUGAUUCAGAAGAUGUAGUUUUACCAGUUAAAUAG